CGGAAACAAAAAGUCGAAACACCAUUAAAUGGAGGAAUUUAAAGAAAAGUUCUGCAUAUUUUGCCUUAACACCAUGAAAAAUACACAUUUUGAAGCAAUAGAAAAAGAUACAAUUCAAAUGUUAGAAGUUCUUCUGAAACGUGAUUUGGAUCGUGAAAGCAAAUAUUUAAUGUGCAGUGCAUGUUCUUUAAAGUUACUUGCAGCAUUCAAGUUUAAACUAACAACUGUCUACAUAGAUAACACCAUUAGAUCGUAUGCUGAUUCACAAAAUAUGUUACCGGUUGAUUUAAGAGAUAUAUAUGUUAAGGAGAAAGGAAAUAGGCAUUUAUCAAGCGCAUUUAGUGAUCACAAAGUGUGUCGAUUAUGUAUGCAGCUGGUGAGGGACGAAUUUGCCUCGUUUCAUCAAAUUGAAUCGGAUUUAAUUCACUCGUACAUUCCUGAACUUGAUUUUGGUGUCACGGAAGAUCCCAUCAUCUGCAAGUUAUGUUUGGAUUCUCUGACCGCCCACACCAGUUUUAUCAAGAAUUGUUUGGACUCCAUGGAAAAACGUAACAGUACCGGUGGUAAUAACGACCAGGAUAUUAAACCAAACGUAUUAUUAUUAGAUUCAUAUGUUAAAACUGAGGAGAUCGAACUAGAAUAUAAAGAUAAGGCUUUAACGAAAGCUGUCGAAAUUGGAAUAGAAACUGAAACAGACAUACAGGAAAAGUCGAUAAAGUGUGAGGAAAUGGAAUCUGAAGAAAGUAGCGAAGACAGCCCCCAGUCAGGACACCAUCAACAAACAUUAAGCGACACUACUGUAACUGAAUGUAAUACUAAAAAUGACCAUUUAACGGAAAAUAUCAUAGGGUACAAAUGUUGUAUCUGCGAGUACCAGUGCAGUCUCAGAAAAGACAUGGAAGUGCAUGUUUCGAUACACAAAAACCCUCGCGACUUGUACAAAUGUAACUCCUGCAGUUACACAUCAGACAGCAUCCAAAAUGUCGAACGACACAUCCUCGUGCACAAAGACCCGUCCGAAAUACAAACGUGUAUAUGCAGGUUAUGCAAAGACAGACCAAAACCGAAGAAAAAAGAAAGACGCCCUCCGGAAAAGAAAGAAUUCAAGUGCAAUUUGUGCGGGUUCGUGGCGAAACGCAGGUACCCCUUCGAGAUGCACGAAUGGUCGCACCGCGACCCCUCUCAGAGGCCGUUUCAAUGCGACCUGUGUGAAUACAGAGCCAAAAGCCAGUCCGAUGUUAAAAAGCACAGACUUAAACACAUAGACCGCAGGGAGCUCGAUAUGUUCAAGUGUACUUCUUGCGAUUUCGAGGCUAGAAUCAAAAGCGACCUUAAGAAGCACAUCAGCAGGCGACACACUUCGGAACACAAGACUUACAAGUGUUACCUGUGUGAGUUCGAGACGAAAUAUAAGUACAACCUGGAGAUUCACGUCUUUAACCACAAGGAUGUUGCUGAAAGUCGCAGGUUUAUGUGCGACGUGUGCGGGCAUAAGUUGAAGACCAAAAGGAGUCUUCAGAUUCAUCAGUUGAAGCACACGAAACCGACAGAUUUACAGAUGUUCGUUUGUGGUUACUGUCAGUACCAGGCCAAGUAUAGGGAGAGGCUCGCGGCGCACAUUAAGAUGUGUCCUGCAAAAAAGGUUCAGGAAACACAUGCGAGAUAAAAAUGUACGGGUCACUAAGCGGAUGUAUCGACUGUAUGGUGGUGAUACACAAGAUUUAAGAAAAAAUGGCAGUCAUUUUUUGUAAUGUUAAAUAUCAAAAUAAUAAUAACAAUAGUAAUAAUUUGAGUAAAAAAUUUAAUUAUUACAUUAAUUAGACUGUUGUUUCCAGAGUAUUCCAAAGCUUUUCCCAAGGUAUUUUUCCCGAAAAAUAUCUUUAGUAGGCAAAAACAAACUAAAGCAUCUU